AUGAAUGAUAUCUAUGAGAACCUAGAAGAUCAAAUUGGUGAUAUGUUCCAACUAAUUCAAAAGUUAGGCCAGGGCAGCUUUGGCCAAGUCCUGAUGGCUAAGGAAAGAAAAUCAGGAGAAUCGGUGGCAUUAAAGAUGGUGAGCAAAGAUCGAAUGGAGCUAGAAAACUUUCUUACCGAAGUCCGCUUCGCUUUCCUACUUUCUCAAUGUCAUAGGAUUAUAACCACCCAUGCUACCAUUAUUGAAACAAUGGAUUAUUAUAUUUUCUCCCAGGAGCUGGCCACAGCUGGCACACUUCACUCAAUCAUUGAGACCGAGGUUGGAAUUCCAGAGGAGAAAGUUAAGCGCUGUGCGGCACAGUUAGCAGAUGCUUUGGAAUACAUGCAUAGCAGAGACCUAGUGCACAGGGACUUGAAGACGGACAAUGUCUUACUUAUGGACAAGGAAUGUUACCAGGUUAAACUGGGUGACUUUGGGUUCACCCAGCCCGUUGGUACCCUUGUCUCAUCCAUGUCACACAUUAUUCCGUACAUGUCUCCAGAACUUUGCCACCUUCAGAAGGAUGAGUUCCUUGUUGUUCACCCCAGUCUGGAUAUCUGGGCGCUUGGAGUCCUACUGUAUGUGAUUCUAACUGGGUUGUACCCAUGGGAAGGAGCUGUAUGGCAUGACCAGGACUUCAAAAGGUUUACUGAAUGGCAAGAAAGUGGAGACUUGGAUUUCCCCCCUCUGGACUGGGGCAGAUUCACUAGGGAUGCAAUUAAAAUGUUCUCCAAGUUGCUCUCUUUGGACCCCACUGCAAGACCCUUCAGUGACGGUGUAUUGGAAUAUUUAAGCGUAUCUUGGAGCUUUAACCAAAGUUUCAUCGAAAUGGAUAUUGCAGAGGAAGUGGAAAUUGAAACAACAGCGUGCUAG